AUGACGCGAAACCUUCCUUUCAACUUUCUUCUUAACCACCACCAUCCACUUCUAUUGUCUUACUCCUCAAACAUGCCCGAACCCAACACUAAGGAAAGGUGCUCCUGGUUGGUCUGCGACAAGCCAGGCAAGCUGCGUUGCACGCGGUGUAGAGACGCGACUCCGCAAACGCUUUACUGCAGCGCCAAGUGUCAAAAGAACGACUGGAUCUUCCAUAAAGCCUACUGCGGCAAGAAAGCAUACACCUUCGACAUAACCCUCGUCGCCUCCUCCUCCCCCGCCAUCACUCGCACCGUCGCCAUACCCGCCUGGUUCACCUUCCGCCAGCUGCACUACACGCUCCAAUACGCGAUGGGACCCUGGCAACACACGCACAUGCACGAGUUCUCCUUCAACCGGCUCCUCUCCGAGUUCGAGUCGCCCACCCAGCCGGGAUACUGGGUGCGCAAUGAGGUCGACAGGGGCCCGCACAGGCUCGACACUCUCGCGGGGCGCGACGAGCGCCUCAAGGUCGGCCCUGCAGAGUUGUAUGACGACGAUAAGUUGGAUAAUUGGCAUCCCAUGCUGGGGCGCCCGCCGAAGAAGGUCCCGAAGGAGAGGGAGAAAACCCUCAGGUUGGAGGUGUUCGACGUGAAUGGAAGGCUGUAUGAAACGGUUGCGAAGGACGGGGAUAUGUACCCGUUGAUUUAUACGUACGAUUUUGGGGAUAACUGGGAGCACGAGCUCAUCUUCAAAGGCGAGACACUCGCUCGUGCCGCUCGUCCGCUCUUCAGUUUUGCGCAAGGAUGCGGCCCCGUCGAAGACUGCCCGAGGGCUGGGACGAAGUAA